AUGUCUUACACCCCACGCGAUACUGGCACCAGUGGAAGAAAUGGCCUCAGUACUAUUACGACAAGACCCGAUCGCAGCCGGUCAGAAAUUGGGUCCAUGCGCUCAGGGAACACUCGCGAAAGCACCCUGAGUGAGGUUGAACUACAGCGAAUCAACACUUCUCGACUGCAACAUCGCUCAACAGUAGGCUCCGGUGCAGGAGUCACGCCGCGCGACCAGUGGCUCCCCCUUGGAGCUGGGAAGCCUCAUCCCCCACCUCUCCCAGACCCAGAAGAAUACAUUGUCGAAUUCAACGAUGAAAACGAUCCUAUGCACCCCCAAAACUGGCCGUUCAGACGCAAAAUGAUUAUAUCCAUGAUCCUAGCAUAUGCAACCUUCGUUUCGUCUUUUGCUAGUGCCAUAUUCUCCUCAACGGUCCAAGAAAUCAGUGCUCAAUUUCACAUUAGCACGGAGGUCGCUAUCCUUGGUAUUACACUGUAUGUUUUGGGAUUUGCUUCGGGGCCGACGAUAUGGGCACCGGCAAGUGAGCUAUUUGGGAGGAGAUGGCCAAUCUGCAUUGGCAUGUUCGGGUAUUCCCUUUUCACCAUUGCGACAGCGACUAGCAAGGAUGUCCAGACCUUGAUGUUGACGCGAUUCUUUGCCGGCUUUUUCUCUGCUAGCCCGCUCGCUAUUGUGCCGGCUAUAUAUGCCGACAUAUGGAAGACUGAGAGUCGGGGUGUGGCUAUUGCUAUAUUCGCCAUGGCUGUAUUCGUGGGGCCUUUCGCGUCUCCGUUCACCGGUGGUUUCAUCACCAUGUCCUAUCUAGGGUGGAGGUGGACUAUGUACAUUUCGUCCAUCAUGGGGUGGCUGGCCACUGUUCUUUGUGUUCUUUUCUUCAAAGAGAGCUAUGCACCCACUGUGCUUGUGGGAAAAGCGGCCAUCCUGCGACGACAGACACACAAUUGGGGAAUCCGUGCCAGACAAGAACAGAUCGAGCUUGAUUGGAACCAGUUGAUCACGAACAAUUUUAGUCGGCCAUUCAGUAUACUUUUUACCGAACCAAUUGUGUUCCUGAUCUCUCUCUGGAUGAGUUUUGUAUAUGGCUUGAUGUACGCACUUCUCGGUGCCUACCCCGUGGUGUUCGAAGGUAUCCACAGAAUGAACAUUGGUGUUGGAGGUCUGCCAUUUAUCGGGUUGAUUGUUGGCGAGUUCCUAGCCGGUGCCUAUGUCCUUAUUAAUCAGAAGUCAUAUAAUAAGAAGUUAGCCGCCAACAAUAACAUCCCGGUCCCAGAAUGGAGACUGCCUCCCGCCAUCCUCGGAGGUAUUUGCUUCUCUGUCGGGAUGUUCUGGUAUGGCUGGACUGGAUGGAAAGAGUCGAUCCAUUGGAUGGCUCCUACUGCUAGCGGUGUUGUGACUGGAUUUGGCAUCUAUGUCAUCUUCCUGCAGUGCUUCAAUUACUUGAUUGAUUCAUAUUUGAUGUUUGCCGCAUCGGUAUUUGCUGCGAAUACAAUUAUUCGAUCUGCAGUGGGAGCUGCAUUUCCCCUGUUCUCGAGGCAGAUGUUUGUCAAUAUGCAUGUGCAAUGGGCUGGCACACUACUUGGGUGUCUCGCACUCAUCAUGGUUCCGAUUCCUUUGGCAUUCAUGAAAUGGGGACCUGCAUUGCGCAGGAAGUCUAAAUUUGCUCCAGUCAUCGAUCUUUCGCCUGAAAAAAAUUCAGAGAAAGGGUUGGCUGGGUCUGUCUAG